AUGACCUCCGCCCGAGGCCUGAUGACGAGCUACUCGCCCAUCUCGGAGCGAAACUCGUCCGACCUCGAAAAGGACCCUCACUUCUCUCUCCAGGAUGUCGAGACCGGCAGCAAAAACAGCGCUGAGCGCAAGGGCUUCCGCUUCAUUGAUGCCCGUACCGUCUCCGACGCCAUCAUUGGUCUGUCCGACGGUAUGACGGUGCCGUUCGCCCUGACCGCGGGUCUAUCCGCCUUGGGCGACACGAAGGUCGUGGUCUUUGGCGGGAUGGCCGAGCUCAUUGCGGGCGCCAUCUCCAUGGGAUUGGGCGGGUAUCUCGGCGCCAAAAGCGAAGAGGAGUCAUACAAAGCCACGCUCCAGGAAACACAGAACCAAACGGUCACCGAUCCCGGCUCCGUGGCCACGACCAUAAGCGACAUCUUCGAGCCGUACGAGCUGCCGACUGAGCUAGUCGCCCAGCUCACCAACCACCUCUCCGCCUCGCCGAUGCUCCCUUCAUUCCUGAUGAACUUUCACCACACGCUCCCUGAACCCUCCGGCUCGCGCGCCGUCAUGUGUGCCCUGACCAUCGCCCUGGGCUAUUUCAUUGGCGGUUUCGUGCCCUUGCUUCCGUACUUCUUUGUUGGCCCCAACGAGGCGUUCAUCGCCCUGCGCUGGUCCAUCGCGACGAUGGUCGUUGCGCUAUUUAUAUUCGGGUACGGCAAGACCUGCUUCGUGACCGGUUGGUCUGGGCGGAGGAAUCUCCGCAAAGGUCUGGUGGGUGGACUCCAAAUGGUGCUGGUGGGUGGUGUGGCGGCGGGCUCGGCCAUGGGGCUGGUGAAGGGGUUCCAGCUGCUGGCAAAUGGUGGGGAUCAUCCCAAGCAUGAUUGA